AUGGGUACGAGAUUAGAACAGCAAGCCAUUACUAUUAAAGCCGCCGCUCAGGCUGCCGUUACCGCCGCUAUUGCUCCUGCCGCUGAGUCCGCCGCUGCUACCGCACUUGCAGUUACACCUACCGUUGCUCUUGCCGCAAUGAAUGUUGAAAGUCCACUAGGGAUUGUAGUCGUUGCAAGACCAAUCCAUAAGCUGGUGGAGCAAUUCCUAAAAUUGAACCCACCAUUGUUCACCGGGACAGGAAAUCCUGAAGCUGCUUCUUUAUGGGUUCAGAAGCUUGAGAAAGUGUUUGCACUGCUGAUGUGCAACGAGACUGAGAAGGUAGUCUUAAUAGCUUACCAGUUAGAGGAAGUUGCGAAUACUUGGUGGAUGACUACUCAAGAAACGAUCUUUCCGGAAGGCGUUGUUCAGGAGUGGAAAAUUUUCCUUGAAGCCUUCAAUGAUAAGUAUUUCUCUGAGACCACCAGGGAGGUGAAGAUAGCCAAAUUUCAACGUCUUCGUUAG